AUGAGCGGCGACAGCAGCAGCAACGGCGAUGGCAAGCCGACCACCACCACCGCAUCACCACCACCACCGCCUGUCAGCGCCUCCGCCAUGGACGCGCACAACGCCGCCGUCGCGCGCAUCGCCGCCCAGGUGCAGUCCUUCCACGCCCGCCAGGCGCCCUUCCGCAUCUACCACGGCUCGACCAACAGCACGCGGCACUCCGCCCGGCGCGCCGACAACACCAUCGACACGAGCCGCCUCACGCACGUCCUGUCCAUCUCCGUCGACGACUCCUCGCGCGGCGGCACCGCCCUCGUCGAGCCCAACGUGCCCAUGGACGCCCUCGUCCGCGCCACGCUCCCGCACGGGCUCGUGCCCCCCGUCGUCAUGGAGCUCCCCGGCAUCACCGCGGGGGGCGGCUUCUCCGGCACGUCUGGCGAGAGCAGCUCCUUCCGCUACGGGGCGUUCGACGCGACGGUGCGCUCCGUCGAGCUGGUGACGCCCGAGGGGCGCGUCGAGCGCGCGGGCAAGCACGGCCCCAAGCAGGACCUGUUCUGGGGCGCGGCGUCGGCGUUUGGCACCCUCGGCGUCGUGAUGCUGCUCGAGGUGGAGCUGCGCCCGGCGUGCAGGUACGUCCGCUUGGAGUACUCGCUGGCGAGGGGCGCGGCGGAGACGGUGCGCGUGAUGAGUGCCGAGUGUGAGCGCGGCGAGAAUGACUAUGUAGAUGGCAUUGUGUUUUCUAUGGAUGAGACGGUGGUGUGCGUGGGACGGCUGACGGACGAGGUGCAUGUGGAGGAGGGCGCGAGUGGCAGUGCCGCAAAGACCAAGAUUCGGCGGUUCACGAGGCGGCACGAUCCGUGGUUCUAUAUUCGCGCGCGCGACGUGCUCAAGACGCUGCGCAAGAAGGAGAAGCAGCAGCAAUCUUCGCCGUCACAGCAGCAGCAGCGAGACCAACCACAGGAGCCCGCGGCAGCAGCAGCCACCGUCGUCGACACCAUCCCCCUCGAAGACUACCUCUUCCGCUACGACCGCGGCGGCUUCUGGGUCGCGCGCUACGCCUUCAACUACUUCAUCACGCCCUUCAACCGCGUCACGCGCUUCCUGCUGGACCGCUACAUGCACGCGCGCGUCAUGUACCGCGCCCUGCACAAGAGCGGCCUCGGCGACUACUACAUGGUCCAGGACGUCGGCGUGCCGUACGACCGCGUCCCCGAGUUCCAAGCCUGGCUCGACGGCGCCCUGGACAUCUACCCGCUCUGGCUGUGCCCCCUGCGCGUGCGCCGCCCCGGCGGGCCCUCCGCCGCGCACGGCCUGCACGCCGAGUUCGCCGACCCGGACCGCGCGCCCGACCUCAUGAACUUUGGCGUCUGGGGCCCCGUGCGGGGCGACCGCCGGGCCGUGGUGGCGCAGAACCGCGCCCUCGAGCAGAAAGUGCAGGAGCUGGGCGGGAAGAAGUGGCUGUACGCGCACGCGUACUACACAGAGGAGGAGUUCUGGGCGCAUUAUGACAGGGCGUCGUAUGAUGCGCUGCGGGAGCGCUACGGCGCGGGAUACCUCCCCAGCGUGUACGACAAGGUGCGCGUCGACGUCGACGCCGAGGAGGCGGCGAGGAACCGCACUUGGAAGACGCGCGCCAAGGCGAGGGCCAAGGGUGUGUGGCCGCUGCGGGGGCUGUACGGGUUUGCGGCCGCGGCGGUGGGCGCCGAGUACCUGCUGCAGAAGAAGGACAAGGGGGAGGGUGAGAAGGUGACGGAGAAGAAGGCGGAGGCGAAGGCGAAUACAGAGCCGGCGGGGGAGGAGCCGAGGAGCGAGCAAGAGGCGGAGACGGAGAAAAAGUAG